AUGAUUGAAUUAAAAAACAUUAAAAGUGAAAACCAGAAAAUUGUAACAGAGAAUAAACGUCUAUCGGAAGAAGUCGAUUUAUUAAAGUCAAAAAUUGAUGAAAUAGAACAGAACAACUUAGGAAUAUCACUGAAUAUAACUGGUAUACCGAAAACUCAAAAUGAAAACUGUAAACUAAUUGUUGAAGAAAUUAGCAAGAAAACAAAUACUACAAUUGAUGUUAUUGAGGCCUAUAGAAUAAACUCAUCUAUAUCUAAACGCAGUUUAAUAGUAGCAAAGUUAGCUACACUUAAAAUGAGAAAAAAUUUAAUUCGCAAUGUAAAGUUCAAUAAAUUAACAGCUGACAAAAUGAAUAAUGGUUGGCCCAAAGAAAAUAUUUAUAUGAAUGAGAGACUCACGAAACUCAGAAGAACACUUUUUUAUCAAACGAAAGUUGCUGCUACAACAAAAGAAUAUAAAUUUGUCUGGCUGUCCAAUGGAGAUAUUCUUGUGAGGAAAAAUGAAAACUCAAAAAUCGUAAGAAUCAAGUCAUCUCAAGACAUCAAUAAUUUGUAG